AACUGAAAAGCAUCAUGUGGUUAAUUGUGUAUAAAAGUUCUGUAUAAAUAGGGCAUUCCACCACUUACUUUUUCAGCACGGAAGCGAAGAUCCCUUAAGCAAAGAAAAACCAACUUUGUCUCUUAGAAUCAAGAAAACUCCAACGGAAAGAAGAAUGGGUUCAGACAGUACUCCCCAACUUCCAGUGAUCUAUCUCUCGGACCAAACCCUAAAACCAGGAAGUGAGAAGUGGGUUGAAGUGAGGAAUGAUGUCCGUAAAGCUCUUGAAGACUACGGAGCUUUCGAGGUGUCAUAUGAUAGAGUGUCAGAGGAGCUAAAGCAAUCGGUUUUGGAAGCCAUGAAAGAGCUUUUCGAGUUACCAGUUGAGGCUAAACGGAGGAACGUGUCUCCAAAACCCUACACUGGAUACUCGACUCAUAAUGGUCUUUCCGAGAGUUUGGGGAUCCAGGAUGCCGAGGUUUUGGAGAAAGUUAACGAAUUUACUCAACUGCUACGCCCUGAUUUUGAGGGUAACAAGAGUAUCAGCGAAACAAUCCAGAAGUUUUCAGAGAAGCUAGCAGAAUUGGAUGUAAUGGUGAGAAGAAUGGUUAUGGAGAGCUUUGGGAUAGAGAAGUACUUUGAUGAACACCUCAAGUCAACGAAUUACCGUCUGCGACUGAUGAAGUAUAUAGCACCUCCUGAUGUUGAUACUAAUGUUGCAGCGGGUGCUAAUGAUGCUGGUGAUGGUUCUAAUGAUGCUGGUGCUAGUGAUAAUGCCAAUGUUGUUGCUGAUACUAGUGAUAUUGCUAGUGGUAUUGCUAAUGUUCAUAUUAAUGAUGACGCCAAUAUUGGUGCUACGGCUAAUGGCGACAUUGGUGCUGAUGUUGAUGCUAAAACUAGUGAUUUUGCUAGUGUUGAGUCUAAAGCCGACGUUAGUACCAAUGUUAAUGCUAAUGCUGAUGCCAAUGCUAAUACUGGUACUCUCAGUAGUGCUGGUGUUGGUGAUAGUGUUACAGCUAAUGGUGGUGCUGAUGAUGAGGAGAAGAAAUUGGGUUUACCUUCUCAUACUGAUAAAAAUCUUUUCACUGUGCUUUAUCAAUAUGAGAUUGAAGGUUUGGAGGUGUUAACCAAAGAUGAAAAGUGGAUCAGACUGAAACCAUCUCAUAACUCUUUCGUUGUUAUGGCUGGAGAUUCUGUAUAUGCACUUAUGAAUGGUAGACUAUUUCGUCCUUUUCAUCGAGUGAGAGUAACAGAGAAAAAGAAGACAAGAUAUUCAAUAGCAUUGUUCUCGACUCCAAACGCAGGCUACAUCAUAGAACCACCAAAAGAACUUGUGGACGAAAAGCAUCCACGAGUCUUCAAACCAUUCACUUAUGUUGACUUGAUGAGUUUCUAUCACACUGAGGGUGGUCGUAGAGCUCGUUCUACUCUUCAUGCUUAUUGCGCCGUCUCUGAAGCAUGAGCUUGGUUACGGGAGUUUCAAGAAUAUUUUGAUAGUUUUAAGAUUCAAAUAAUAUCAAGAACUAUGUUGUACUACUAAAUAAGGGGUUUUGACUAGUUGAGUUAUGUUUGUGUGAUAAGCAGUGAUGUGCGUCUUUCUAUUGUAUGAAAAUCAAUAAAGUACAUGUGCCACAUGCACAUGUCAAUAAUGUAAUAAAAUUAUUGUUUAUUGUC